AUGGAAGGAAAAGCCAAUGAGUCCUACUGUACAUCAUGGCAAACAAACUCUUCGCUUCCAUUAUUGUUGUACUGGUCCUGGUGGCGUGUGUCUCUGCUGGAUACGCGGGCAACGGGAACAAAGGCAAGAGUAAUCCAGGCAAUUAUCCCGGAAACCAACCCAAAAACCCAGGAUAUCAACCCAACAACCCAGGCCAUCAACCCAAUAACCCAGGAUAUCAGCCCAAUAACCCAGGCCAUCAACAAAAUAACCCAGGCUAUCAACCCAAUAACCCAGGCCAUCAACACAACAACCCAGGCUAUCAACCCAACAACCCAGGAAAACCUAAAUAUGGUCACUAAAGUCAGACUGCCAAAUCAAAGGUCAAGGCAUGAUGAAUCAAAUUCAAGUUUAAUCAAUUCAUAAUUAUUCAUUUCAACUGCAUUAAACGAUAGAAGCUU